CCAAUCUUGUUUGUGAAUUGAUUUUGUUUCCCCGUUCAAUAACACCCCCAUAACGGUUAUUAGCCUCGUGCAGAGUGAACAUCUAAUGCCCAGUCAUACACUCUUCAAUAUCAAAUGUCUUAGUUGUUUCUGUGAAGCCAUGGACAAUAUGAAGAACCCAUGCCGUUUUCUCUCUCUUCUUGUCAUAUGUUUCUUUUUUGGCACCAUACCUUCUCUCGCAACUGAUACCAUCUCUGCAAAUCAAACUCUUUCUGGAGAUCAAACUAUCAUCUCAUCAUGUGGUGUCUUCGAGUUGGGUUUCUUCAAGCCAGGUAAGUCCUCAAAUUACUACAUAGGCAUCUGGUAUAAAAAGGUCUCUCAACAGACCAUAGUUUGGGUCGCAAACAGAGACAGACCUAUCUCUGAUAAAAAUUCGGCCAAGUUAGUUAUAUCAAAUGGCAAUUUGGCUCUCCUCAGCGAGUCUCAAAUCCCUGUUUGGUCGACGAAUUUGACUUCCUCCACCUCAAAGUCUGUUGUUGCUGUCCUCCUAGAUUCUGGGAAUCUCGUCCUCAGAGACAAGCCAGAAUCUUCAGAAAACUUGUGGCAGAGUUUUGAUAACCCGACCAACACCUUUCUUCCUGGUGGAAAAAUUAAACUCAACAAAAAGACGAAACAACCUCAACAUCUCACUUCAUGGAAGAACAUUGAGGAUCCUGCGAUGGGUCUCUUCUCUCUGGAGCUAGACCCGAAAGGAACCAACUCGUACUUAAUUCUUCGGAACAAGUCAGAAGAGUAUUGGACGAGUGGUCCAUGGAAUGGCCAAAUUUUCAGCUUGGUCCCUGAAAUGAGGUUAAAUUUCUUAUACAAUUUCACCUUUGUUUCAAACGAGAAUGAGAGCUAUUUCACUUACUUCAUGUAUAACUCUUCUAUUAUAUCUCAUUUGGUGAUGGAUGUGUCGGGGCAAAUUCAGCAACUCUCAUGGCUAGAAAGCACCAAGCAGUGGAAUUUGUUUUGGUCUCAGCCAAGACGACAGUGUGAAGUUUAUGCUUUUUGUGGCUCUUUCGGGAGGUGCAAUGAGAAUUCCCUGCCCUUUUGUUCUUGCUUGACCGGUUUCGAGCCAAAGUCUCAAACUGAUUGGGAUCUGCAGGAUCACUCAGGUGGGUGUGUGAGGAAAACCAAGUUGCAAUGUGAGAAUCCAACAUCACCUAACAGAGAGAAAGACAGGUUUCUGGAAAUGCCAAACUUGGCCUUACCUAAACAUGCACAAUCUAUAGGAGUAGGGAAUGCUGGUGAAUGCGAAUCCACGUGCUUUAACAAUUGCUCUUGUGUUGCUUAUGCUUAUGACAAAGAUGGCUGCUCAAUUUGGCAUGGAGAUUUAAUUAGUCUGCAGCAACUUUCUCAAGAUGAGAGUAAUGGAGAAACAUUAUUUCUCAAAAUUGCUGCUUCUGAGUUUUCAGAUGCUAAACAGAAGAAGCAAGGAAUUAUUGGUAUUGUUAUAGGCGUGGUUGGGGGCAUGGGGGUUCUCCUAGCAAUUUGCCUCUUUGUGACGAUGAGAAGAAAAAAGAGACUAGUUGGCUUAGGAAGAUCGGUGGUGGGUUCAUCGACGGCAUUUGGGCAUUGUGGAAAAAUUAUUGGUAUUGUAGUGGGCAUUGUAAGUGGUCUAUGGGUUCUCCUAGUCAUUCUGCUGUUUGUGAUAACCAGAAGAAAGAGAAGGAUGGUUGGAAAAGGAAAAUCGGUCGAGGGUUCGUUGAUGGCAUUUGGGUACAGAGAUUUACAAAAUGCAACCAAGAAUUUCUCUGAAAAACUAGGAGGAGGAGAUUUUGGUUCUGUUUUCAGAGGCACAUUGCCGGAUUCCAGUGUCAUAGCAGUGAAGAAGCUUGAAAGCAUAAGCCAAGGCGAGAAACAGUUUCGAUCGGAAGUCAGUAAUAUAGGUACAGUCCAACAUGUGAAUCUUGUUCAACUCCGUGGGUUCUGCUCUGAAGGCAACAGAAAGCUUCUGGUUUAUGAUUACUUGCCAAAUGGCUCAUUGGACGCCCAUCUGUUUCAAGAAAAGAACUCCAAGAAAUUAGAAUGGAAAUUAAGGUACCAAAUUGCCUUAGGAAUAGCCCGGGGACUAACUUACCUCCAUGAAAAGUGCAGAGACUGCAUCACACACUGUGACAUAAAGCCAGAAAACAUCCUUUUAGAUUCUGAUUUUUGCCCAAAAGUUGCAGACUUUGGCCUCACAAAGCUAGUUGGAAUGGAAAUCAACAGAAUCCUCACAACCAUGAGAGGGACAAGAGGUUAUCUUGCCCCAGAGUGGAUUUCUGGUGUGGCUAUCACACCAAAAGUUGAUGUUUACAGUUACGGAAUGAUGCUAUUCGAAUUGGUGUCAGGAAGAAGAAACUCUGAGCCAUCUAAAGAUGGCCAAGUGAGGUUCUUCCCUACAUGGGCUGCAAAGGUAGUAAUCCAAGGAGGCGAUGUUCUUGACCUUUUGGAUCCUACGUUAGAGCGGAACGCAGACAUUUAGGAGCUGACUAGGAUAAUAAAACUUGCUUCAUGGUGUGUACAAGAUGAUGAGUUAAACAGGCCAUCCAUGUGUCAGAUAGUUCCAAUUCUUGAGGGAUUUUUGGAUAUGAAUUUGCCUCCACUUCCAAGAUCCCUCCUACUGUUUGUUGACAGCUAGCACCAUGUACAUCGCUUUUUGGAUGGUAUGUUCUGCUUUCUUUCCUUUAUCUCCUAAAUCCCUCUAAGGCCCUUGAGAAUUCCUAAAGGGCUUUAUCCUGAGAGGAGCCUUGAUGAAUUUGAUCAAUAAUAAUGCGAUGUUGUAUC